AUGGGCGUCGCACUGCUCAGUCUACCAAACGAGGUUCUGAUCGGAAUCAUAGAGCACGCAGACAGUGCUUGCAAGAGAACAUUUCUCGAUCUACGACUUGUCAGCAAGACUCUGGAGCAACUUUGUCAUGAACGAUUUCUUCGCUACCUGGAACUGCUCCGGGUAGAUCCAUCGCAGCAUCAUAACCUUACGCGGUUGAUGGAGAUCUUGUCAAGUCCCACACAUGCCUGUGCAGUCAGAGGCGUGGCAUUUGACUUUGUACGGGAUUGGCGUAAUGUAUGGGCCGUAACGCCGCUUGUUCAGCAGCUCUUCGACAAACUAAGCACCCUCGAUGUCAAGCUCGAGCUAAAAUUCAGUCCUUAUGGCAGCAACGAAUGGAUCUCAGAGCCGUGCAUUGUCCAUUACAUUGCUGGAAUUGUGAAACAGGUCUUGACAUCCCACAUGUCGGUUAGUCGGCUCAUUGUAAGAGCGAAGGAUUGGGACCCAGAUCUCCAACUCGACAAAAUGCUGUGCAGACUUGAGAAGCUGCUGAUUAAUCAAGAGAAGGAGGCACAAGCAGCUUCGGUGGAAUCUUUGGCUGUGGAAUUCACACAUGGCGGAGUUGUCUAUGAUCGACAACGUCGUUGUCUACACUUCACGCAAGUGACGGCCCAUGAUCUACAAGCGAUUGGUCAAUGGAUUCAGGAAAAACAUCCCACCGAGCUCGCUUUGGCAGGCUGCCAAUUCUUCGUCGAACAGCUGGACGGUAUCUUUUUACCUAAUACGCCGCCGUUUAGUCUGCUGACCCGUAUCACAAUCAACAAUGCCCGGUUGAUGCAUCUGACUUCCUUCUUUGGGGCAAGCCAAACAGCCACACCACUUCACAAACUGUUAUCACACAUUCUGCGGCACUCGGAUGAUCUUGAAUACCUACAUCUAGAGAACAUUCGAGUUGAGACGCCACAUCCACGAACACUCAACUUCGUGGGUGAGAACAAGGUUCACAUGACAUCAGAGGAAAACAUUCGCGAGACACUUACGCAUCUGAUAUCGCAGCUAGCAGACGAAGAUCAUUUCGAGAUUGAAAGUCAGGAAGCUGAAGAGGACGAGGAAGACGAUGAAGAUGAGGGCACGUGA